AUGCUUUUAAUUUAUGCUAACGAAGUGAAGACAUAUGUGUAUAUACCGAGGACAACUAUGAAACUUUUCCUGCUUCUGAUUAUUUUCGGAAUGUGCGCUUCUCGGGAGUUAGAACGUCAUAAUAUUGAAAGAUGGGUGAGAAACCUUCAUCAUAUAUGUCAUAAUGGAAAAUGCAAGAGAUACAUCAUGGGAGCCCCAAUUCAUCCUUCCACAAAAGUCUAUUCAUCUUUACGAAAAUGUCGGGCAGUAUGCCGCGGACCAGUCUAUGUGUGUGAAAAGAAUAAGUAUUGCAUACUGAAUUAUGUAGAUGAUGGUCCAAAUCCCGAAGAAAGAUUCUUCUCUACAUUCGAAGAAUGCAACAAUGAAUGCCCCCCCAAGCCAUGGAUUUGGAGGAAACACUGAUGCAAAAGAAACAGUAUGUCUCCAAAAUUUGAAAACGGCAAUAUUGCAUGUUGGUGUGAAGAUAAAGCCAUUGUUGCUUGUAGCUUGUCCGCAAA